AUGACACAGUUCUUUACUUGUGUCAGGGAGAAAGCAGGAGUUAUCAAAUCAACUGUGUUUAUGUCAGACGACACAAAUGUUUUUCGAUGUGCUUGGGCAGGUGUAAUGGGUCUGGCAGAACACAAUUUGCUAUGUACGUGGCAUAUUGACCGCAGCUGGAGAAGCAACUUGAGGAAAGUGCAUGGUGGCCCAAACAAGCAAACACAGGUUUACAAAGCUUUGCGUAUGCUGUUAGAAGAAGCAGAUAUAGAAAAGUUCAGUGAGUUGCUAGAGUUGUUUGAGAGGGAGCUACAAGAGGACGAAGACACGAGAGAAUUUGGAAUGUAUUUCACAAAUCAUUACGGAUUCAGGCCCCAACAUUGGGCGUAUAUUUAUCGCCGUAAUUUAAACAUAAACACAAAUAUGCAUCUGGAAGCCAUGCAUAGAGUAUUAAAGUACUGCUACCUUCAUGGCAAGAUCAAUAAUAGACUGGACAAGUUGCUGCUGGUACUAAUGAAAUUAGUAAGAGACAAAUCUUUUGAAAGAAUUAUUAAGCUCUACAAGGGUGGACAUACUCAUCGAAUAGAGAAAAUUCAAGAACGGCAUAGAGAAUCCAAAAAAAUUGACAGAGGCCAAAUCACGGCCAAUAGUGAUGGCAAACGAUUUUAUGUGAAAUCUCAAUCAACAAGUGGCAUCACAUACACUGUUACUUUAAAAGCACUAGAAUGCAACCUCAGUUGCAGACUUUUGUGUUGCACUUGUAAUAUUUGCAUUCAUAGUUUCUCUUGCUGUUGUCCAGACAAUUUAAUAAAUCUGAACAUUUGUAAACACAUUCAUGCUAUAUCAAUGACAUAUGACUUACAUUUCAGUAAAACAGUCAAAGAUAAAGAAACCACUUCGAUAGAACAGGCAUCUGCUAUUUUGUCCUCAAUGAAAAAGCAAAAUGAUGAGGCAACUGCUUCACGGGGAACACAGUUAAAAGUCCUGCUAAACCAUGUAGAUUCAUUAGAUACUGAAACGGAAGAGACAGUGGAAAAAGCAGUUGACCAUUUGCUGUCACUUGUUAACUCUCGCUCCAAGAAAGAAGUUCCACACUGUGCCAGCAAUGAGAAGUUGCAAGUGCAACGCACAUCUAAUAACCAGAACUUCAGUCCAAAAAGUUUGUUUAGUAAACCAACCCUGGCUGAAAAGUCGAAUGUUGCAAGUGCUUUGGUGCAACCCGACAGGGAAGUGUUGAGUGUGCAUGUUGGUUUUGAUCACACAUACUCUAAAAAUUAA